UUGAAUGAUAGAAAGUAACACUACAAAACGUAACUAUUAAUACACGUAUUGGUACAGCCCUGUUCAUAUAUGAAUACGAACACAUGGAUAACAGAGCCACCUCAUCAAAAGCUUAACUGGUAAACAGCCUCAGUGGAAGGAAGGGGAAUAUGAACUGAUCGUGAUACCAAGACAAGAGUAUAGAACGAGAGUUUGUCGAGAACGUCACUCCAUAAUAUUUUCAAAAGACCUGUUAAAUUUUGUUUCUACCACCGCUGUUUUGCCAUUUUUUUAGACAAUCACUCCUAACAAGUAUUUAAAAUGUUGCCGAGGCGACGCGUUAUUGAACUUCUGCAAGUCAUUUCAUCCCAGUCAUGCAGAUGUCCAGCGCACGGAAAUCCAGGAGCGACUAGCGUAUGGGAUCAUGGAAAAACACGAAGCACUGCAGCAAAUACGACCGAUAAGGAAUAUGCUUUCGAGAUGGCCUGUUCUACGGUGCGAUAUGGAGUAGGAGUAACAAGAGAAUUAGGAAUGGAUAUACAAAAUUUAGGAGCAAAGAAAACGUGUCUAAUGACUGAUCCUAAUUUGAUGAACUUAGCUCCUGUAAAGACUGCUAUUGACAGUCUUUCCAAAUAUGGGAUUCAAUUCGAGAUUUACGAUCAAGUACGAGUGGAACCAACUGAACAAAGUUUACAAGAUUCGAUCAAGUUUGCCAAGCGUGAAAAUUUUGACGCUUUUGUAGCGGUUGGUGGUGGUUCCGUAAUGGAUACUUGUAAAGCGGCAAAUCUAUAUAGUUGCGAUCCAAAUGCCGAAUUUUUGGAUUACGUAAACGCACCGAUUGGAAAAGGUAAACCAAUCCGAGUACCUCUGAAACCACUUAUCGCCGUUCCAACAACCUCCGGUACCGGUUCUGAAACAACUGGAGUAUCUAUCUUCGAUUAUCGACCGCUAAAGGCCAAAACAGGGAUCGCUAACAGAUCUCUACGUCCUACACUAGGAAUCAUCGACCCUAAGCAUACUCUGACAUUGCCGGAGAGAGUAUGUGCUUACUCCGGUUUCGAUGUGCUCUGUCACGCUUUGGAAUCUUUCACAGCGAUAUCCUAUACAGAGAGAACACCAUGUCCAUCAAAUCCAAUUUUGAGACCAGCUUAUCAAGGUAGCAAUCCUAUCAGCGAUGUCUGGGCGCGAUAUGCUCUCCAAGUUAUGCGCAAAUACUUUGAGCGAGCAGUUUAUAAUCAAGAAGACUUGGAAGCAAGGAGUCAUAUGCAUUUAGCAAGUACAAUGGCAGGUGUUGGUUUCGGAAAUGCUGGUGUUCAUCUUUGUCAUGGACUUUCGUAUCCUAUAAGUGGAAAUGUUCGAAAUUUCCAACCAAAGGGAUACAGCAAUGAUCAUCCCAUAAUUCCUCACGGUUUAUCCGUGGUGAUAUCCGCACCAGCAGUGUUUUCCUUCACCGGAAGCGCAUGUCCAGAUAGACAUCUGGAAGCUGCAAAAUUACUCGGAGCGGAAGUUCAAAAUGCUAAGCAGGCUGAUGCAGGCAAAAUUUUGGCCGACAUUAUAAAGGAAUAUAUGCACCUUAUGAAAAUCGAAAACGGUUUAACAGAACUCGGUUUCAAAAAAGAAGAUAUUCCUACGUUAGUUCAAGGCACUUUACCUCAGCAUCGUAUCACGAAAUUGGCGCCACGUGAACAGUCAGAAGAGGAUCUUGCACAAUUAUUCGAAAAUUCAUUUACCAUUUAUUAA